UUCCUGCACUUUUAAUAUUGAAAGCAAAAUUUACAUCCAUUGUUAAUUGUUUAGAAGACCUGAGCUUGCAAAGAACACUGCGCUGCAGCUGUAGCACUGCCACAAAUAGAUCCCGGCUUGGAGAAAUUAAAGUCUUCUUGCAAAUAAAUGUUCUCCAAGAAGGCAGCCACAUCAUUCAGAGCUAAUUUGCUUUCUCCCUGGGACUCGAGAUUACUUUGCUUUGUACCCAGCUCUGCUCAGCACAAUUCCCCCUUGUAACCAGCAUGGAGGAUUGUGAGCGUGGUUGCACAGCACACAGGCUGAACAAGAGCAGAGAGCACAAGGCACAUUGAAAGAAUAUUCCUCCGUAGUGGAAAGGAGUCAGGUGGGGUGUUUUUAGUAAAAUUCACCCUGGUUUCCAAGCAGGACUCCAGUGAGGGGAGCUGCCAUUGGAAUCGCAGUCACGUCAUUACAGGCAGAGAAAAAGCUGUUAGUUUCUCACUCACUUACAGAGUUUGUGCUCAUGAAGCCACAUUUUCAAAGGGCCUCUAACCCCCCUGGAGAUGUUUGCAUGCACAAAUCAACAGCAGCUGCACAUGCAAAUGCAGAGAAGUUUGCACCUGUUGACAGGUGACGCUGCAAUGCCAUGGGUGUGUGCCAGGCAGGUGUCCUUUGAAUCGGGUUCAGGAUGUGCAGCAGUGACACAUUGCUCGAAUACCCAGCGACAGGUUUUCCCCCACAAUUCUCAAAGAUUAGUCUUGAGAAUAACUGGGCUAAAUCUGGAGCCGUUCACAGUGACGCUGAAGGCACCGUCAUCCCAUGGUGUCCACUUGCAUGGCGCUUUACAAACCUGAAUGCAACCGGUCCCUGCCCCCCAAAGUGCACACAGUUGUGAUGCAGGCAUUUUCUCUCCCCCCUCCCCCGAGCCUGUCUCACUCCUACACGUUACACAGGCCAGGCUGUGUGCUCCUCUUUAUAAAUUCAUGCAGGCCAGGAAGGUAGGAGUAUUACUCUGCCUGUUUCUCAGGUGGGGAAACGGAGGCCAGAGAGGACGUGCAAUUUGGCUGAGGUUACACAGUGAGUUAAUGAUGGCUUGCGGGCCAGCUUAAAAUGGCUUGUGGGCUGUAGUUUUCCCACCCGUGCAUGAGCUUCUGCAAUGUCAGUCCUCCCCUCCCCCGGUCACCCCAGCUGGGGGCUUUGCUUGCUCCUGGAGAGAGAGAAGAUUUUCAGGACUAGGCAUCUGUUCUGGACACUCCCCCUCCUGCAGCUCUGUGGCCAGCGUCCUCCCCCUCCGCAGGUGCUGAGAUGCCAGCUGCUAAUGAGGCUCUGCUAAUGCUAAGCUAUGGCAAGAUAAUCCGAGCUGCUUGCUGCCAGCAUCUUGAAAGGGCCCAGGAGGGUUGCAGUGGCCGACAGGUGCAGCGCUCCCUAAAUAGCAAGCCCAAGCGUGUGCCUAUAAAAACUGGGGACACGCCUAGCACCCAAGGAGAACUUGCUGAGGACUGUUUGGGAAGGAGCCUGCCACGAAGGCUGCACCAGGUAAGUGCCAGCCAGAGACCCCGGCGAGAAUAAAGCCAGAGGAGAAGGAAGCUGGUGAGGAAGGAGGCAUCAGCUGUAAACCCUGCAUGGAAACCAGGGAGAGGUCAGUUUGGAAAGAGCCCUGACUCCCCCCGGGAAUGACCUGGCCAGCCCGAGGGGGAGAUGGAGAAGGGAGGUGAUGAUGAAGGCGCCCGCCAGUCACACAGGGCCCUAGUGCACUAAGGCCCUCGCUGCCCACAAAGUGCGGGCGUGACUCUCCCGGCUCCAUCCCCACAAGGGGCCGGGUGCUCCAUGGUCACUGGGAGCGGGACAGCUCUUUAUGGUUUAGGAGCACAGCCACCCAGGGGAGAGGUCUGCAGGGCCCACGGCCACAGGGUUAGUUCUUGAGCCUAUUGGGAGGGACACGUCUCUGAUGGCGAACGCAGGACUUUAGGGGCAGCUCUUUGGAGGGCGUCAGAGGCCACCCAGCCCAGGGGAGAGGGGUGAGGCCAAGUAUCUGGGGCAAUGGGCCCAUGGCACAUGCAGGGGCCAGCCUGCAGCCUGCCUGGUUAGAGUCACCCUAUGAGUGCUUCAAGCCUGUCUCAGCUGUGCUGCGGGGGACGGGGGGACAGCCAGGGAGAGCCGGGACAAGCACUGGCUGAGCUCUUGGGUCUGGUGCAGUCCGGGGGAGCUGCCGGGUAGGGAUUUUGUUUUGGACUGUUAAAGUUAAGUCAAAGGGUCCCUAAGCCCAGGACAGGGGAUUGCCCCCCCAACCCCCUCGCUGUGACUGGAACUCUAAGUAAAUACAACACAGGAGUCCCCAGAGGCAGAGAAGGUGAAUGCAACAGCCCUUGCGGUCCCCGUGGGCCCGGGCCUCGUGCCGGGGGAGAGGGAAUACCCACCCCUGCUGAGCUCAGCAGCCUGGGCAGCACGAGGACUCAGGGCUUGUGCCAGUGUCUGGCCUGGGCCCUUCCCCUGGGUCCCCCUGGCACGUGUGCUGAGUCAGCAGUGACAUCUGGGCUCAGCAAGGCCAAGAUUUCACUGGAAGGAUUUCACUCCCCCUUUCAAAUGUCAGUCCAUCCCCACGCUGGGGCGCCUGGCCGCUUGGCACCCCAGAAGCUCGCUGAGGGCCAGGGCCAGCGGCACAGAUGAGGGGCUGGAGCCAGCGGGGCGAGUGCCUGCCCAUCAUAAAUAGCUGCUGGCUGCACUGGCCCCACGAACCGGAUAGUCUCCUGGGAAGGCUGAAAUAUUUCGGCUCAGUGUAACCCUAGAGCAGAGUCACAUCACAAGACGCUGCCCUGUGAAUAGAAGAGUCCCAGAGAGGCAGGAGCCUUCUUCAAAACAACAUGCGACCCCCCAGAAAUAAAUACACAAGCUACUGUGGGGAAGAAGGGGGGCUUGAGGUGCUGCCCUUUGAGCAGGAUUCCUGGCAGGGCGGGGGCGAUGGAGAGUUCCAGGGUCCCUGCUGGGGUCUGACGCUGCAGCUGGUGCCAGUCACCAUAGCAAGGGCCUGGUGCGGAGGGCAAAGAGAAGAGCUCAUGGAGGGACCCCAUCAACAACCAACAUCAUAAACCCAGUGGGAGAGGUCCUGCCUACCCAGGAGAGGCAGGGGCCAAGCAGGGCUGAUGACCGCCGCCCUCCUAUGGGCUGACACUGGGGUAAGUCAGCUUGGACUUUGACCCAGCUGAUCUGGGGGUUUCUGCUGGGAGCCAGGAAGCCUGGGUUCUACUCACAGCUCACAUUAUAGGCGAGGCACCAUCCCCCUCUGGCCCCAUCUGCCCAGCUGUAACAGGGGGCUAGAAAUCCCAGUGUGAGGCCGAGAGGUGCCGUGAACUAACGCCUAGAAAGUGUGCCAAGAGCCCAUGCUGGACGGGGCUGCAGCGGGUGAAAGGAAAUGCCAGAGCCAACAAAAUGACUCCUUGGUGGGAAGGGGGCGGUUUGACUGUCCCUCUGGUCCCUGUGCUGAGAGCUAAUGGGGCAAGGGGGCCUGUGUAGGGUGUCAUGCUCCUGGGGAAUGCAGUGCAGGGGCCCUGGCGAGCUGGCUGAGGGGGCGCCUGACUGUGUUGACUUGCCGUGAAAGGUCACAAGUAAAAGGAACCCUCCCAAUGUGCCAGGAGAGCUCAGUCCAUCUGAGCAGCUCAGCAGUGACACAAGCUUCUAAGCUAGCCCAGGCAGAACAAGAAAAAUCCCUCCUCCCUGCCCUCAUUCUCAGCUCUCCCCUUUCCUCGCCAGGGGACAGGAUGGAGGAGAAUUUUUCCUGCCAAGUCAAGAAGAUGGCGCUGGCCUUGGGAACGUCUCUGACGGACAAGGAUAUUGACCUGCUGCCCUCGGAGAUGAGGCAUCACGCUGCCUUCAACUACAGCAAGUUCUUUGAGUACAUGCAGAAGUUCCAGACAUCGAGCGAGCAGGAGGAGCAAGUGCGCAAAGCUUUCCAGCUCCUGGACAAGGACAACAGCGGCUUCAUCGAGUGGAAUGAGAUCAAGUACAUCCUGUCCACCAUGCCCAGCACCAUGCCUGCAAUGCCCUUGUCAGACGAGGAGGCUGAAGCUAUAAUCCAAGCGGCUGACACAGAUGGGGAUGGGAGGAUUGAUUUCCAAGAGUUCUCCGACCUGGUCACGAAGGAGAAGAUCCCCAAGAAGAAGUGAGGCAGAGGAGAAGGAGAAGGAGCGCCCCACUUCCUGGCACCAGGCCGCCUGCUUUGGGGGCAGCCCCCCACAUAGGCCGCCACUGGCUGCCCAUGCGGCUCUGUGCUUGUCCUGCGUGUUCUGUCGCCUAGACCCCAGUGUGGAGGGGAAGGGGCUGCCACCCCUGGCUGGCGGGGAGGGGAGAGCAGGGGUGGCUACCAAGCUGCAUACCAGGCCUAGAGCGGUAGGAGGCAGUUUUGGGCCAGGGCAGGAGACAAGGCUUGAGAAGUAAGAACCACUCCGCUGGCCCCACUGCAGCUGAACCUCCCCAACACCUGCCCUGACUGAGACGCACACGACCAGCAACAGGCACAUUCAAGACGGUGCGGCUCUCCCCCCAGCCUCCCACCCCAACAGAGCGUCAGGGCCAGCCAGGCCGGGGCUGGGAGCAGAAAGACUGAACAAAAAACAGAUCCAACCCGGCUUCGAUCCUUGGGCCUCCUCAGUCCAUUCCCUUCCCCCGGCUCCUCCCCUCCCGCUCAGACUGUGCCCAGCUCAGCACCGUCCUGAGAGCCCUGCUUGUGCCAGCUGGCUGCUCUCUGCCCAGAGAAGGGCAAGUGCAUCAUUG